GGGCGGCAGUGUCUCAACAAAACAAGCUCAGAGAGGUCAACAAUUUUACUUCCGGUGUGGAAAGCAGCGCGAGGGAGUGCGUCCAAACGCUUUUGUGACGACAAGCUAACUAGGAAACUCCUCACUAACACGUUUAACCCUUCGAACAAGCGGAAAUGAGUUUACCCUUGAACCCCAAGCCUUUUCUGAACGGGCUGACGGGCAAGCCGGUGAUGGUGAAGCUGAAGUGGGGCAUGGAGUACAAAGGCUACCUGGUCUCCGUGGACGGCUACAUGAACAUGCAGCUGGCGAACACGGAAGAGUACGUGGACGGAGCGUUGGCGGGCCAUCUCGGGGAAGUCCUCAUCAGGUGCAAUAAUGUUCUGUACAUUCGAGGUGUUGAAGAAGAGGAGGAGGAUGGAGAAAUGAGAGAAUGAUUCCGAAGAUGACGACGUGUGUGCGCGUGUGAUUUUUAGUUAAGUGUGCGUGUGUUUUCACCAUGUGAAACUAAAUGAACGCUUGAUUUUUUUUUUUUGUUGUUGUAUUGUUGGAGACCCCACAUUUUUGUUCUUGACAAUAAAAACAUUGUACACUUUCUUAUUAAA